AUGGAGGAGCCGCUGCCGAAGAGAAAUGGAUCGGCAGAGGGAAAGCCAUUUUUAGAGGCGACAUUAAGAUCGUCGAAGACAAUUUCUUGUCACCCAAGUGCCUCCCAUCCGGUCGCACAGGGGUUACAUUCCAAAAACUAUUCAUACUUAAGCGAAAGUGCGUGGGAGUCCCGUGAGAGUAGCUCGGGGUAUUAUCACGAAAAGCAGGCAGAUUUCGACGAGGGUAUACGCCAUGGCUUCUAUCAGAGACUCUACCGGUUUUAUGAGAAGUAUAACCCCAAAAAAUUGGACAGAAUUGAGGAGUACCUUACCGCCUAUAAAGGGGAGGAGGAGCAGCUUUUUGCGAUACUGAAGGGGAAGUAUGGCCCAGAACCCCCAGAUACCGCACCCCAGCCAAUGAAUUCAGCAUGCUCUAGUGAGAAUGCCUCCAUCAUGCACUACGUGGGUAAACGUUACAGUUUUCCCACAGUUGUUUCUCCACAAGAAGGCAAUACAGACUGUGAGACGCCCUACUGGGGAAACUUUAACCUGAUUGGUGAGCGCGAUGUGCUAGGACUACUUUGCAACCUUGACACAACGAAUGAGGAGCUUCAAAAGUGUUACAUAGGGAUAUUAGCUCACCAUCCGAAUAGUGCAUGGAAUGGCAUGACGUACAUUACACGUGCAAAGGGAGUUGCUUCGAGUGGUAAUCCUUUUUUGGGACAUAUUUGGGCGGGUAAUCUUUCUAGUAGAAAAGCUAUGGUCCAUGAAGCUACCGUUUAUUAUCGUGUAGAUUUAUAUUGCACGGAUGAAUGCCAGCGAAGUGGACAACAUGAACGCUGGCGACUGAGCAUGUAUAGUAGUGAAGUGAUCUCGCUUAAUUUAUUUAGGGUGGUUUGGGAUCCGGUUAUUUCCUUUGAACCACUUCCUGUGACUCGGUCGGCAGUUUCGGUGCAUUCUUCCGAACAAGUUUCUCUAAUGGGAUCUAGCGCAAGUCAUCCUCGUUCUCGAAUUGUGGGGUUAGAGCAACCGCAACAGCCUCCUGUAGGUGCAACGCUGGCGAGCAUUGUGGCUACUCUGGAAAGACUCGAAGAUAAGUUGUGUACAAGGCUGGAUGCAUUGGAAGCAAAAUUGUUUUUUCUGGAGUUAAAGUUGUCUGCUGGUAACGAUGCGACGUCAAAUAAUAAUAACAGUUGA